GCCGCCCCGUGCUCCCGCGUCGCCGUCGCCGUCGUCGUCGUCGGUAGGUCCCGCCACAGCCGCACGCCCGGCCCCGGACCCCAGGCACCAUGAGCUUCGGCUCGGAGCACUACCUGUGCUCCGCCUCCUCCUCCUCCUCCUCCUACCGCAAGGUGUUCGGGGACGGCGCCCGGCUGUCCGCGCGCCUCUCCGGAGCGGGCGGCGGCGGCGGCUUCCGCUCGCAGUCGCUGUCGCGUUGCAAUGUGUCCUCGGCGGCCGCCUGCCCGUCGGGCUCGUCGCUCGGCCUGGGCCUGGCCUACCGUCGCCUGCAGGCGUCCGACGGGCUGGAUCUGAGCCAGGCGGCGGCGCGCACCAACGAGUACAAGAUCAUCCGCACGAACGAGAAGGAGCAGCUGCAGGGCCUGAACGACCGCUUCGCCGUGUUCAUCGAGAAGGUGCACCAGCUGGAGACGCAGAACCGGGCGCUCGAGGCCGAGCUGGCGGCGCUCCGGCAGCGCCACGCCGAGCCGUCGCGCGUCGGCGAGCUCUUCCAGCGGGAGCUGCGCGAGCUGCGCGCGCAGCUGGAGGAGGCGAGCUCGGCGCGCGCGCAGGCCCUGCUGGAGCGCGACGGCCUGGCCGAGGAGGUGCAGCGGCUGCGGGCGCGCUGCGAGGAGGAGAGCCGCGGGCGCGAGGGCGCCGAGCGCGCCCUCAAGGCGCAGCAGCGCGACGUGGACGGCGCCACGCUGGCGCGCCUCGACCUGGAGAAGAAGGUGGAGUCGCUGCUCGACGAGCUGGCCUUCGUGCGCCAAGUGCACGACGAGGAGGUGGCCGAGCUGCUGGCCACGCUGCAGGCGUCGUCCCAGGCCGCGGCCGAGGUGGACGUGACCGUAGCCAAACCCGACCUGAGCUCGGCGCUGAGGGAGAUCCGCGCCCAGUAUGAGUCCCUGGCCGCCAAGAACCUGCAGUCGGCCGAGGAAUGGUACAAGUCCAAGUUCGCCAACCUCAACGAGCAGGCGGCGCGCAGCACCGAAGCCAUCCGAGCCAGCCGCGAGGAAAUCCACGAGUACCGGCGCCAGCUGCAGGCGCGCACCAUCGAGAUCGAGGGCCUGCGCGGAGCCAACGAGUCCCUGGAGAGGCAGAUCCUGGAGCUGGAGGAGCGGCACAGCGCCGAGGUGGCUGGCUACCAGGACAGCAUUGGGCAGCUGGAGAAUGAUCUGAGGAACACCAAGAGCGAGAUGGCACGCCACCUUCGGGAAUACCAGGACUUGCUCAAUGUCAAAAUGGCCCUUGACAUUGAGAUAGCAGCUUACAGGAAGCUGCUGGAAGGUGAGGAGACGCGGUUUAGCACCAGUACAUUAAGUAUCUCUGGGCUGAAUCCAGUUCCCAAUCCAAGUUACCUGCUCCCUCCUAGAAUCCUCAGUUCUACAACCUCCAAAGUCUCAUCUACUGGGCUGUCGCUUAAGAAAGAAGAGGAGGAGGAGGAGGAGGAGGCUUCCAAGGUAGCUUCUAAGAAAACCUCCCAGAUAGGGGAAAGUCUUGAAGAAACAUUGGAGGAAACAGUAAUAUCUACUAAGAAAACCGAGAAGUCUAAUAUAGAAGAAAACACCCUUUCAAGCCAAAAAAUAUAAAUUCUGUUGCUUAAAAAUAGUUAAUGCUUAAGAGGGAAUAAUAUGCAUUUGACUUGUUACACAGCCUGUUCCUGAACCACGCCACCUGUCACCGCUAUAGAAUGUCUUCAAGGCUUCAACUGCAUAUUUAGUAUUGAGCACUUACCUUCUCUAGUGGGAAAGCCGCCUGUUAGGUGGGAGCCCUGCACAGGCCUGCAGCACCCGGGACACAGCCUGGGCUGCACAGUGAGACGCGACUCAGGUGCAGAGGAAGUACGGACGAAGGUGCUAAAUCUGUAGUCAUCAUUCGCUGAAGUGAAAACCUGUAUUUAGUCACGUGCCCAGCCACAUAAUCUUCCUGUAGAUGCCUUGCGACAAAAUCACUGCCAAUGCUGAACCCUGCUCCCCACCCAUCCCACACGGAUAGAGCCGAGUCACAAGUGACGGCUGUUUGUUUCAUGGCUAUUUUUCUUUCACUCUCCUCAAUGCCAUAUUCCGUUUUCUUCCAUCCAGGGAGGAAAAAAAAAAAAAAAAAAAAAAAAGGCCAGUGUUGUAUUCUUCCCUUUUAAACACAUGUAGGUUCUUCUCGAAUAACCUUAUUCCUUUUAGCUCUCUUUGCUCAAUGGGUAAAAUUAGGUGCAUGUUGACCAUAUAUGUGAUUUGUGUAAUGACUUAUCCUUGCCCACUUCAUGUCCUUUCUGACCUGUAGGCUAAAGUAAUAGUAAUAGUAGUGAUAAUAAUGGCAGUGUUGAAUUGUUAAGGGUUUUCCCACCAAAGUCAUAAAAUGAGAAAAGGAAUCUCUAGAUUUUAGAUUUUGAGCUUGUUCAAGUCCAUUUAAUUAGGGGAAAAAUCAAGAAUGUAGCUUUUCACCUGAACUGUAGAGCACAGUAAUAGUUAUCCCAAGCUGUGAUUAAGCUGACCUUAGAUUUAGUGGCAUAAGUUAGAUGAGGUAAAUAUGUCUCUGAAUGGAAACGACCAAGGUCUCUGUGCGGUGGUCUAUAGAAUUAGCUUUUUCCUGCCCUCUCCCUUAGAAUCGUCGUAUUUCCCUUCCCUUCAACAUAGGUCCUCAAGAGGCCUUGCUUUUUAAGAAUGCUAACUGUAGAAUAUUUUGUCACCAAGAUACAAUGCUACUGCCCAAAAGUGGAACAAAAAUCACUUCUGGUCAAUCAACACCACCAGCACAAAGUAAAAAGAAAUCCCUCUUCCCAGACUCGUUCCCUCACUGUCGCCAUUGCUGCACAGUGGUUAGGUGACUCAUCCUGCAGGAGAGGCACCCCCCCAUGUUCAAGGAAGCGUUUGGGGAGUCUGCUCUUGAUGUGCCCAACUGUGUGGCAUCCACAUGCUCUGUGUGCCAUGCGUGCCAAAUUUGAUUCAGGAUAUACGCUGUCAGGGCUCACUUCCACCAGAUAUAAAGAACUGCCCGCCCCUCCCGCGCCGCCAUGGCAAGCUCUGUGCUGAUAAGGACGCGAUGCUUUUCCCGAGCUCAUUCUAGCACACGCUUCAUGCGCUCAAGGAAUCUGAAAAACUCUUUUCUGCCUUUUCUUGACCCAUCCCAUUCUUUAUCCUUUACACUUACUGUAAGACAUUAGUAAAAUAAGAAAUUAAAAGUCACACUGAUCCUACCAACAUAA